UCAAAACUCAGCAUAUCCGCGCCUCUCUCUGGAAAUCCCUCUCAUCUUCUUCAUUCCGUUGCUCAAGCCCUAGGCCUCGCUCUCACAAAGUCGGUAUGGAAACUCACUUCCAAUCGCCACUACUCGCUGUAGACUCACUCUCCGUCACUGACUUGCAGCGAAAAGCAUGGCAUCUCGUCGCUCUCAUCGUCCAAAUCGGCCGCCCAUCUCUUCCCCGUGAGCUUGCGUCCCGAUGCUCUCUCUUCCCUGCGUCCCCUGAUCUCAUCGAGUUUCUCUGCUUUCUCCCUAACUCGCCGGUGGCCUUGACAGAGGACAACAACAACCAUAACUUCUUUGUAACGAUUUCGCUACCAGGUCUAAUAGCUCUAAAAAAUUUGGCAUCCAAUUUAAACUUAAACUCGAUGGAUGCGUUUGUGCGUCGGGUGGCGAUCAAUGAUUAUGCACUGUGGAACGACUUUUGGAAAAUUUGUUUUGCUAGGAAGCGAAAGCGGUUACUGUUGGACUUCGCAGAAGGUUGUAAUGAGGAAAGGAAGGUGCUAAUGUCCAAAAGAAGUCGAAGUAACUAUGCAGAGGUAAAUUUUCACAGAACUGAAUACUUUAGCAGGAGUAUAUUUUGGCAGCCUUGUGACAAACCAGUCAUGAUAAAUGGAAUGAUGCUGGCACACUACUUGUCUGAUGAAAUGAAUAAAAGCAUAGUUGUGCAGAGGAAGGUACAUAAGACAACACUGACAAGAGAUUUUGAUAUUGGAUCUGUGAGUCCAGUUAAAAGGGUGACUAACCAAGUUUCGUGCAAAGAAUCAGGCACUGAUGAGACAGAUUUCUUGGGCAUAAGAAAUAUCAAUGCCAUGAUUUGCUCAGAAGAUGCAAAGAGCCAUACAUCACUGGUGGAGGACCUGGAGGCUGCUGAACUUGUUAAUGAUGGCUGUGAUGCUACAAUUGAUAGUAUUGAACACAUGAGAAUUGUGGAAUGUAUGGAUGAGUGGUUAGUUGAUUGCAUUGAUGUUAAAGGAGAAGGACAAAAUUGUUUCCAGCCAGCUAAUAGUGGCCUUUUGAAACGAACAGUGGAGAGUAAGUUUAAAAGAAUGAAUAAGAUGAGUUGUAAUAGUAAAGUACUAUGUUUGGAUGAGGAGCCUACACCUAGUCAUUCAAAGAGGCUGGCAACUGACUCCACUCUUGCUCAAAAGCGGUUGUCGCAACCCUCUACUAAGACGAAGAUUACCCUUAAGGAUGCAAUGGCUCCAAAACAGCAAGGUCUGAGCAAAUAUUUACAACACCAGAAGGAUGACAGCACCCUAAAAGAAAACCAGUAUUGGGAAAGAGAGAAGAUGGCAAUCAGAAGUAGGCAGAUUUUAAGGCAAAGUUGUAACAAAGGACAGAAAAAUGAUAACUCAGUUUUUCUUAAGGAUCAACGAGAGCUCAAGGUUCUCCCGCAUUUUGAAUCUUAUGCCAUAGAAGAGGAAGAAGGUUCAGGUGGUUAUGGAACUGUUUACAGGGCUCGAAGGAAAAACGAUGGAGCUACAGUUGCCAUUAAAUGCCCUCAUGCAGAGGCACAUAGACACCAUGUCAACAAUGAGAUGAAGAUGCUGGAGAGAUUUGGGGGUAGAAACUUUGUUAUCAAAUAUGAAGGCUGCAUCAAGAGUGGAAAUUUUGAUUGCUUUGUUUUAGAGCAUGUUCAACAUGACAGACCUGAGGUUUUGAAGAAAGAAAUAGAUGUUUCUCAACUUCAGUGGUAUGGCUAUUGCAUGUUCAGAGCCCUUUUAAGUCUUCAUAAGCAGGGAGUAAUUCACAGGGAUGUUAAACCUGGAAACUUUCUUUUCUCUCGCAAGGCCAAUAAAGGCUAUCUUAUUGAUUUUAAUCUUGCAGUGGACCUGCAUCAGAAGUAUGGGAUUCCUAGCAAACUAAAGGUGGGGAAUGCUCUAAGCUUUGAUAAGGUCAUGCUCCCCAGCACCAAGGCAGCUCCCACAAAAACUAGGAUUCUCCAAAGUGCUAAAUCAAGGCCUAUCAAUCCAGAGGAAACAAAAGGCUCCAAGUCAACCUUAGAACCCAAGAACCUAAAAAGGAAGGUUGUGGACCAAACAAAGGCCACCCAUUUGUUCAGUCGUAGUGUUGUAAAAAGUCGGGGUCCAGAUGGUUCUGGGGUGACCUCUGUCAAGGAAGUGACAAGUACUAGAACUCCUUCAGCAGAGAGGCCGAGAGAACCUUUUCCUUGUCAAGGUAGGAAGGAGUUAAUCAGCCUGUUGCAGGAAACAAUGCAACGUCCAAAUCAUGAAGCAUCACACAUUCCAGCUCCUAUGAGGAAAAGGAUUGCUGCCACCCCAUCAAAUGUGGAUUUGAAAUUUAUUUAUCUCACUCCAAUGCCACUGCACUCAAAUGGCUUGGCUGUUACCGGUGCUGGUUCAGUCAAGAGCAAAGGAGAUUCAAAGCAGAAGAAAGAAGGUCCUUGUGUUGGAACCAAAGGUUUCCGGGCUCCAGAGGUCUUGUUCAGAUGUCCUCAUCAAGGUCCCAAGAUUGAUAUCUGGUCUGCUGGGGUCUCCUUACUUUACCUAAUGCUUGGAAGAACACCGUUUUACGGUGAUCCUGAAGAGAACAUAAAGGAUAUUGCUAAGUUAAAGGGCAGUGAAGAUUUAUGGGAACUUGCGAAGCUGCAUGACCGAGAAUGUGCAUUCCCAGAGGAACUAUAUGAUACACAAUAUUUGCCAUACAUGACACUAGAGAAUUGGUGGAAAAUGAACACAAAGAGAAAAGAUUUCCUUGAUGUGUUCCCUAGCUCGCUUUUUGAUCUGGUGGAUAAGUGCUUGACAGUGAACCCAAGACUGAGGAUCAGCGCAGAUGAUGCUCUAAAGCACGAGUUUUUUGCUCCAUGUCAUGAGGUCCUAAGGAAGAAGAGAAUGCUCAGGUAGUGAAUCAGUUCAGAGCCAGGAAUGACCCAUCCUGUAUAUGGACAAAGAAUGCUGGAACCUUGUAAGAAUGCCUGUUGUGACUUCACACUUGUUCUAAUGCUUUCUUGUCAAUUUACAAUUGUUGAUACUGGAUCAUUGUGAAUGACUUGGGAAGUUACCUGCUGGAGAAUCUAGUGAACUUACAGCAUCUUGACAUC